AUGCAUACGCAUGUUCAUUUUUUUUAUUGUCAUUCCAUCAACUCGUAUUCGUUUUCUAAGCGGUUUUCUGUUUUUUUGUAUAAAAUAGUAAGUUUGAGUUUCUAAUAAUAAUAACAUUUUUCAUAUUCAUUUUUUUAGAUGAAACAAUCGGAAAAGUUGUCUUUCUUUCAAAGUGUUGUGGAAGACAUUCCCAACAUUUUGAAAAAUGCGAAAAAACACCAUAUGUUUUUCAAAUCAAUGGAAAUCAUUAUGAGAAUUUUGGGGACAUUGCAAUGUUUGGAUGAGGCAGGCAUUUUCAUUAACCAUGUAUGUUUUAAUUACAGAAAUCAACACAAACAAAAUAACUUUUCUAUUUUCAGGUUAGAACAAUUGACCUUCUCUAUGUGGAAAUUGUUAGUCACUUGUCGACUAUGGAAUAUGUUGUCGAAUUUGAACAACAAUGUCCGACUUCUGAACCGGCGACGCCAGCUGAUACAUAA